AUGGCUGAUGACAAGCUUGUGUCGGAGGAAGAUAUUCAAUCCUGCUUUCUUUUCGAGCCUUCACAUUUAGGAAAAGAGGUUUGGAGUUAGUCGUAUUUUCACCGGUCGUUGUAGCGGAGCCUCUGUGCAUUAGAUCGAGUUCAGGUUUUAAAUGGAAUGGUUAAGGUUAAAACGGAUGCCUGCGUAUGUCCUGUUGAGCUAAUGAAAAAGUACGGCGACUACGAUGAAGUCAUCAUCUCGUAUGAAGUCGAUAGCAGCAUAAUUUCCAGCUGGCGCGAAUGCAUUGGACAUAUUUUUGCCCACAACCCCAAACACCCCAAGGUCCUCUGCGUGACCGCCCUUGGCAUGCACGCCUUUGGUUUCUCUGACCUUGGAAAACACUUUUAUGAGGAGUUAGUCCGCACCUUUGCAUAUUUCCUCUCUAGGGACGAUAAAAUUAUCAAGCCUCUGACCGGCAAGGACUCUGCACAUUCGGCCGCGUCCAAUGGUAACGAGUUAGUCAGGGUAAGCCAUCUCUGAAGUGUUUGCCAGUUUUCCAGUAGGUUGGGUGCACUUUGCUAAGCCUCCUUAACUAGGUUAAUAAUCCCUGAUGCUACAAUUGCUCUUCCCUCUAAAGCGUCCAAAACACGGCUUUCUGUUACGGAAUAGUUAGUACGUAAAUUCAAGCUUCGGUUCUCUGCUGUUUUGCCCGUGGAGUUAUGUCCUCCCUUCAUUUCCGUUUCCUAGCACGUCGUAUAUCCGCCUUUGGAGGACGUGUUGAAGCUGUCUUGGGCUGGUGGUAAUGUUCCAAAUACUCCCGCAAAGAGGAUGCCGAAAGGAUUUUAUCUCUUGCAAGGUAGGCUAGAUGCGUAGUUUUUAGGAAUGCGUGCUCAGUUUGCUUGCAGUCUUCUCCUUUGUGGGUUGCAUCCUGCUACAGUGUCGUUUGAUCACGUGAACUCUGUUAGGUCUACCCUUGUCAGUCUUCACGUCUUCCAUAAGAGCAUUACGAGUUUCAUCGUCAUUUCCUUACUCUUGGAAUUAAAGCGCUUCGCCACAACUAAAAGAAUUUUCCCGCUGGGGUUUCCCCUGCCUUAUUUUUGUUACCUCGAACGUUGCUUUUUCUUAUCUAGAUCUUAGAACCUUACAAGUCUUUUCAGCUGUUGUAAACAAAUCUUAAACUUCUAGCUCUGGAAAAUCUAAAAUCCCCACUAACUUCCGAGACUCUUCAAUCUUCAUGGAUAGAAGUGUGCAAGCGACUUGGCGUCGCCGAAGAUAUUCUGAAGCAGGAAGAUUUUUCGUGAGUUUAGUAUUUUGCAUUAACGCUUUUAGUGAAUUUCGUUUUUUAAGUCCUAUCACUAUAUUAUGGUUUUGCACACACCCUAUUCCGUAAUCCUAUUUAUGACUUGAGGUAAUUUCAUGACAUGCAGAAUAUCAAAUGUCCAAAGUCACGGGCAAUUAUCACGCGCGCAUUAACAUUACCAUACCGGUCUGCCUUAAAUGGGGUAGUUUUGGUGCAGCCACUCUUGUACUUUGUAGAACGCGUUUAAAUACCCUUACUGGUGUGUACACCCCCUUUGAGAUAUGACAAGUCGGCUAUUUUACCCUUAACUGUCGGCUUGUUUAUCGCGCCUUUUGGCCAUCUUCUUGCUGAUUGUUCUGUGCGGCCAAUCCACCUUUAAUUACAUUUGCCAAGGCUUCCGUCCAUUUGUUCUCGUGUCACACAAACAUUUGAUAUUUGUCUAACAGAUCUCCUAUGGCCUUGCUACAAUGUCGAGAUUCUUUUUUAGAACACUUCAACUCUCUUUUAGUAGUUUAUUCCAUUACUUGCUCAAACAGCGCGAAUUUCUCACUAAUUAGGAUUGAAUGAGGAGAGUCUAACAGGAUAUGACUGGGCCGGCUCUUAUCAGCGCAGUUUCAAAACACAUAUCCGCACUUCUUGUCUGAAAAAGGUGCUUUCUCGUUGUUUAUUAAAGUUUUAAUGAGGACGUUGGUACACAUUUUUGGACAGAACUUACUUCUUUUCAUAUGCGAAGGGGCUCAAGACUCGCAAGGGACAUGAACAGUGAUUUUUGUUUAAGCUGGAGUGCACCAGCGCUGGCAUCUUAACCGAAAUGCUCGAGAGUCAGCCGAGUACAAUUGUUGUCCCUUUGUUUUAUAGGUCGUGCUAUGGAACGUCUCUCGUAGCCGUAAACGCAAUAAUCGGCGGUAUCAUUGCGCAAGAGAUAAUUCAGGCAAGUCUAGAAGCCCGAUCUUUUCUUAUAUUUGUUCUUACAUUCCGCAACUUUUUUGGCGAUUGGAGUUCAUCGUCAGCCAGACUUCCACUUAAUCUAAAGCCCAUUGCCGGCAUGUUAUGAAGUCUACUGAGGACUAAGUGCUCAGAUACCCACGAUAAGACCAAUUGUGACCUAGGCUGUAGAUCGGGCUAACCCGAUUGUCCGGGCCAUCCCCUAACUGCCUCCCCAACUAAUCUAAAGCAGAGACCCUAACUGCAUGUCCUAAAGUUCUGAUGCCUCACUAGGCACAUUUUGUCGGUCACUGUAAUGGGUAAUUGCCGCUGACACUAGUCAUGCCACCAUAUUCAUCUGAUAACGUCUUGCUACAUUUCAGGGCCUGUCCCACCGCGGUGCGCCCAAGGGGAACUGGUACUUUGUCGACGGUCGAACUUGCGAGGCAACAGUACUGUGGUUGCCCCCCAUUAUGGAGUCCACCUAA